AUGGAGUCCACCGAAAAGAACGAGAAGGACAACGUCACACCAUAUGCAAGGUCAAGAGCGCCAAACCUUCAACGAAAGUCGAGUCGGGGCCAGGCGUCGUCGCAGGACAGGCAUGGCAAGGUGUUUGCGGACCAUGAUCCCAGAACGAUCCGUGCAGUGACACCCGAUUCUGGAGCGUACACCACGUUUCGCGAUGACUCUGCCCAGGCCUCUCACGUUCGUUCUCCGGUCAUGUCAACAUCUCGAACCAAAAACUCCCAACGGCGACGCGAGGCUUCCGCAUCGGUUUCGAAUACUGACGAGGAGAGUACCAUUGACAAGAGGAGACGGAGAGCUCAGACAAGACCAGGUCCUAAGGAAGACUUACCGUUGGACACCUCACCUGGCUCUUUCAUUUCCAAGACCCGCAAACGACUUGGGUCUAUCACUACAGGCCCUGCACAGGGGCAGCGCGCCGAAGGAACUUAUGAGUCCAUCGGCUUCCCAUCAGUGGUGAAUGGCUCCGAGCUGUUGGCACAGGCCGAUCCUCGCAACCCACCCAGAACCCCGCGCCGGCCCUUCACACCUGAAGACAUGCCUUCUGGGAGUGCAACUACUGUCCGCUCUCCUAGGCUGCUCGACAUUGAUUCCGCUAGAAUCCUGCAUUUGAUGAAGACUACCUGUGGUCGGAUGCACGGAAUCUUGUUUUUCAGGCCCUUGCAUACGACGGCUUGGGCUUCCGGCUAUUGUGCUAUCAACGUAGCCCCGGGAAAUCUUGUUUGCCAGACGAAAGGAGAAGUCACACAAUCCAGAACAUUGAUCGCGGAUUUGAGGGGUUGCACAGUCAGGACUCACUAUGACCAAGAAACUCAGAGUACCUAUCUUAGUGUUUUGGUGGCGUCCUCCGGGACAGGCUACCAACUUCGUCCACCAGUGCCAGAGACAUUUGACUCUUGGCUUGCCGCCCUGCUAUGUUGGCAGCCUUUGAGACCGAAAGGAAUUCACAACAAAAUGACAAAACCUCAACCCGUUGGCAUGGUCGACAAGAAACCGGUGUCACAGAGGCGUGUAUCGGAUCUUUCCAGCCCAAAAAGCACCGCCAUCGUCAAGGUGGGAAAUAUGCUGCUAUGGGAUGGCGCCUUACCCUCAGGCUCGCAACUUGCGUCAUUCUGGAACGGUGCCGGUCGUACAGCCACCGAGUCGAACCCUCGCUGGCGCAAAGUCAGUUGUACCCUGCAUGAGAAUGGCACCUUGCGGCUGUUGGGAGACGUUGAUACUCAUGUGAUCUCUGUCACACAUCUGUCCCAGCUCUCUCGCUGUGCCAUCCAAAGGUUGGACGAAAGUGUGCUUCGAAUGCCGCGCUGCAUCGCGAUUUAUCCUCACUAUCGCGUCCAUGUGGCAUCCGCAACAGCGUCACGGCCCAUGGUCCUUUGCCUCGAAAGCAAUGUCGCUCUAGAAGCCUGGUUCGUUCUCCUCCGCGCCCUCACUGUGCCAGAACUGUACGGUCCAGAGCGACCUCCCUUCGACAUACCACAAGCCUCGGACAACAGUGCUCAAUACAAGAGCCAGCCGAGUCAGGGCAUGUUCCGAAUCGAACGUUCAUUGUCGGUAAAGAUAAUCGAAGCCAAGUUUAGUGAACGCUUUGCUCUGAAGGAUUCUCACGACUUCCACAAGCCGAAGGGCAAGUCGUUCGGUGGAGAACAGAGUACUAGAGAACGUGUUUACGCCGAGGUGUUGCUCGACAAGGAUCUGCGUGCCCGUACAACUACCAAGUCGGCCUUAUCUUCGGCCUUUUGGGUGGAAGAAUUCAACCUCGAAGAUAUUCCUGCUGCACUGUCAAAGAUUACAGUCGCAGUGAAGCUUGAGACCCCGGCUGAGAAAGAAUGGACAGCCAUUUCUGAGGGAUUCAAUGAAUUCUCUGCAGAGGCUGGGUAUCUGUCCGGCUUCAAUGGAUUGGAGAUUUCUUCUCACGAUCCAGUCUUCGGCAGACUCGAUGUACCACUAGACGAGCUGGAACACAAGCCUAUACUCGAGAAAUGGUGGCCUUUGUUCGACAACAAUGACCAUUCAGUUGGUACAAUAUUGGUACGCCUAGCACUCCAAGAGACUAUGGUGUUACUGGAGGAGGAGUACAGAGAGAUCUCCACGUUAUUGCAAAAUUUCUCCAACGGCUUGACCGUGCAUAUCGCUCAUUUUCUUGGACCAGAUCUUCGGCACCUGUCCAAUCUUUUGUUGGACAUUUUCCAAGCGUCUAGAUUGGCCAAUGAGUGGAUCAGCAACCUGAUCGAGGAGGAGAUUGAUGGCAUCUAUCGAGAUGGCCCUCCGUCGCGCCUGAGAUUCAGUGAUCGUAUCCAUUCCAACGACUCAUUCGAAUCCGCCGAGCAAAGAGAAGUUCUUGUGCGAGAUCUGAGCCGAUCCGCAACCAUGGAGGCGAAUUUGCUUUUCCGCGGCAACUCUCUUGUGACCAAGGUACUCGACGCACAUAUGCGCCGUCUCGGCAAAGAUUAUUUGGAAGAGGUCCUCGGGGAGAGGCUUCGAACGAUCCUUGAGCGGAAUCCAGACUGUGAAGUCGACCCGAACAGAGUCAGCCCCCGCGAACAACUUGACAAAAAUUGGGCGAAUCUGUUGUCCCUUACCAAAUCCAUUUGGAAGUCGAUAUAUGUCUCAGCAUCCCGUUGCCCGAUGGAUUUGAGAGUCAUCUUCCGCCUAGUACGGUCCUGUGCCGAGGACCGAUAUGGAUCUUUCAUUCGAACAGUCAAGUACACCAGUGUGUCGGGGUUUCUCUUUCUCCGGUUUUUCUGUCCCGCCAUCCUGAAUCCAAAGCUGUUCGGCCUCAUACAAGAUCAACCGUCGGACCGCGCGAAGAGGACAUUCACCCUGAUCGCGAAGUCUUUAAAUGUGCUUGCCAACACCGCACGUUUUGGAACCAAGGAGCCUUGGAUGGAGCCCAUGAAUAAAUUCUUGGCCGCCUCCACAAACGAGUUCAAAAGCUUUAUUGACGAAAUCUGUGCUGUCAGUUCUAUCCAAGUUGCAUCAGCAAGUCUGGAGCCUCAGUUUGCGGCACCAAAUCAGAUACGAAACCGGCUCCCGGCGGUGUCGCGAGAAGGAUUGCCCAGUCUACCAUUCCUACUGGACCACACCAAAUUACUGGCACAGCUCGUCGAUCUGUGGAUUUCUCGUGCUCCUGAAAAUAUCAGCGAAGUCACCAACGAUGAAGCUGUGCGCGCUUUCCAUACUCUUUGUGCGGGAUUGAAUCAGAAGACCAGAGAAUGUCUGAAAGCUGCCGAGCAAGCCGAGCGACCAGAUGAGAAUUCAGAGUCUACGUGGCAACAGCUGCUCACAGACCAGCAGCGAGCCAUCGCUCCGAAUCCGUUCGAUGCGCAGCCGAUGACGGCGGACGCGGAUGACGAAAUAACCGCACUACCACAAAUGGCCAGGUCCAUGAUUGACACAGAAUACACGGCUGCAGAGACGUCCCCGGGUGUGGGCGAGGCAGACAGUACGCCUUCGAGUUCGGCAUCUGUCGCCUGGGACAGACGCAUACCUUUUCCGUAUCGGGCGGCAGACGCUCGUUUGACCGACUCGACCAAUUCAUCAACCGCAUCCAUUGAUAUGAUGGAGGAGGGUCGCUCAAGACCCCUGCCGAGCAGCCGCGAUGGGACGUCGAAAAGUCGCCUGUUUGAGCUAAUGAGCUCUUCUUCCCGCAGGAAAGGAAAACCCGGAGACCAGCAUGAUGUGGAUGACGACGCAAAUGAAGUUUGA